AUGCAAUAUUCCGAUAAUCAAGUUCUUACUCCAUUACAAAUAAAAAAAUUUCAAACAAUAUUUUCUCAAAAUACUAUUAAGGAGAAUAAUGAUGAAGGAGAAAUUAAUAAAAAAUUAAUGGUUAUUUUAGAUCAGCAAGAAAAAGAAGCAUUUAAUAAUAAACUUUGUACAAUGGUCUGUUGUAAAACCAAAUCAUAUUUAACCAAAAUUAACUAUGAACUUGUAUUUAUAAUUUUUGAUAACAUUCAAGGAUUAACAAAAGCUAAGUAUAAUAUAUUUUUAUUAGAGACACUUCAUGCAAUGAUUCGUUCAAAUAAAACAUUACAUGGUAAAGAAAAACAAAACUUAACUAUAAAAUACACUUUUAAUAAAAAUGAAAUUUGUGAGAAAGCAUUUCAAAUUAUACAUCCACUAUCAAUUAAAAAAUGA